AUGAGUAAGAGCAGGUGCUCUGUGGCACUGAUGUCUUCCGUGGUGGCCACAGCUAAGGAGGCCAAUGCCACCGGCCCGAAGGCGGUGGAACUCGUCCUGGUCAAGGAACAAAAUGGGAUGCAGCUCACGAACUCCACCCUCCUCAACCCCCCGCAGAGCCCCGCGCAGGCCCAGGAUCGGGAGACCUGGAGCAAGAAGGCCGACUUCCUCCUCUCGGUGAUUGGCUUCGCUGUGGACCUGGCCAACGUCUGGCGGUUCCCUUACCUGUGCUACAAAAAUGGCGGGGGUGCCUUCCUGGUCCCCUACCUGCUCUUCAUGGUCAUUGCCGGUAUGCCGCUUUUCUACAUGGAGCUGGCCCUCGGGCAGUUCAACAGGGAGGGCGCUGCCGGCGUCUGGAAGAUCUGCCCUAUCCUGAAAGGCGUGGGCUACACGGUCAUCCUCAUCUCACUCUACAUCGGCUUCUUCUACAACGUCAUCAUCGCCUGGGCGCUGCACUACCUCUUCUCCUCCUUCACCACGGAGCUGCCCUGGACCCACUGCAACCACACCUGGAACAGCCCCCGCUGCUCCGAUGCCCGCGCCCCCAGCUCCAGCCCUGACCCCAAUGACACCUUCAGGACCACCCCUGCCGCCGAGUACUUUGAGCGCGGCGUGCUGCACCUCCACGAGAGCCAGGGCAUUGACGACCUGGGCCCUCCCCGGUGGCAGCUCGCAUCCUGCCUGGUACUGGUCAUUGUCCUGCUCUACUUCAGCCUGUGGAAGGGAGUGAAGACUUCUGGGAAGGUCGUGUGGAUCACGGCCACCAUGCCGUACGUGGUCCUCUUUGCGCUGCUCCUGCGAGGCGUCACCCUCCCUGGGGCCGUGGACGGCAUCAGAGCGUACCUGAGCGUGGACUUCCAUCGGCUCUGCGAGGCCUCGGUCUGGAUAGACGCCGCCGUCCAGAUAUGCUUCUCGCUGGGAGUGGGGCUUGGAGUGCUCAUAGCUUUCUCCAGUUACAAUAAAUUCACCAACAACUGCUACAGAGACGCGAUCAUCACCACCUCCGUCAACUCGCUGACGAGCUUCUCCUCCGGCUUCGUGGUCUUCUCCUUCCUGGGGUACAUGGCCCAGAAGCACAGUGUGCCCAUCGGGGACGUGGCCAAGGACGGGCCGGGGCUGAUCUUCGUCAUCUACCCCGAGGCGCUUGCCACGCUCCCGCUGUCCUCCGUCUGGGCCGUGGUUUUCUUCGUCAUGCUACUCACCCUGGGAAUCGACAGCGCCAUGGGCGGGAUGGAGUCGGUGAUCACCGGGCUCAUCGAUGAGUUCCAGCUGCUGCACAGGCACCGGGAGCUCUUCACCCUCGUCAUCGUCCUGGCAACCUUCCUUCUCUCCCUCUUCUGCGUCACCAACGGUGGCAUCUAUGUCUUCACGCUGCUGGACCACUUUGCGGCCGGCACGUCCAUCCUCUUCGGGGUGCUCAUGGAGGUCAUCGGGGUGGCCUGGUUCUACGGCGUGUGGCAGUUCAGCGACGACAUCAAACAGAUGACCGGGCAGCGGCCCAGCCUCUACUGGCGGCUGUGCUGGAAGUUCAUCAGCCCCUGCUUCCUCCUGUUUGUGGUCGUGGUCAGCAUCGCGACCUUCCGGCCCCCGCACUACGGAGGCUACGUCUUCCCCGAGUGGGCCAACGCGCUGGGCUGGACCAUCGCUGCGUCCUCCAUGUCCGUGGUGCCCAUCUAUGCUGCCUACAAGUUCUGCAGCCUGCCCGGCUCCUCGAGGGAGAAGCUGGCCUACGCCAUCACGCCCGAGAAGGAGCACGAGCGGGUGGACAGAGGGGAGGUGCGCCAGUUCACGCUCCGCCACUGGCUCGUGGUGUAGAGGGGAGCGGAGGAAGGAGACCCGCAGGGCACCGUCCACGGCAGGACAGAGGCAACGAGGAAGGGAAAUCGGAGUUUUGAGAGAAAGGAGGGCUGCUCCCAUAUGCUGCACCUUCUGCUUCGCCGGACACACUCAAGCCCUUCCCCUGACUGGUCACACCCUCUGUGCCACGGAGAGACGACCCUCCGUCCGCCGUGUCACUGUGUAACUUCCCUAGUCUGUGCCCGUCCCACAGGUAGAAACGUCUGAGUCGUGUUCUGUGCGUUAGAGCUGCUCCCUUCUCCCGUGCCCACCCCAGGGCCCCCUGGAGCCCGCAGCUUGCUGUCACCCACGUGUGCAGGAGAAAUACGAUAAUUAUAGAUUACGGGUUCUCGGAGAAUCCCAGCGCUCACGAUAGCUUCUGGGAUCUUUUGUUUUGCUCGUAUUAAAAAUACCGAGUGCCGUAUUUUGCCUAAUUGUGCAGAGGUGAAAUGGCGGAAGCCAUACGAAAGGUGACGAAGUGGGUCCACGUGUCCCCACAUCACACAGGUCUGCUCAGAGCCCACGGAGGGCCAGGGCCCGGGUGUGAGAUGGGGGUGCUGUUUAUUUCCUUGUAGCUACAAGAAAACUCCAUAAAAUGCAUGUGGGCUGCCACCACUCCUGCCCGCCGUGGACCCCCAGCCACGGAGACAGUGAGCUUGGCACGAGCAGGAGUGCGCCCCCCGUGGUGGCCCCCGACACGCGGAGCCCCCGAGGUGGCAGCCUGGAACCCCGCAGUCUUGGGAGGGAGGCCCCGCCGGAAUUCUCUCUGAGGCACGUGUCACGUCAGGAAGAGCACGGCUCUUAGAAUCGUAUUGACAUGGGAAUCAAAGCCAGUUCUCAGAGCGCAGGGCUGGUUUCUGAAAUCUGUUUGCUGACGUUCCCGUGGUCCUUGGCGAGGGUGUUGGACCCUCAGCUGGGAAAUGCUCCCAGCACUGCCAUCCUGGAGGGAGCACGGCCGCAGUCCAAGCACGGGCUGCUGGGCCGCAGGAGAGGCACUGCCAGACAGGCCCACGGCGGCUCCUCGGCCAUCCCUGCGAAUGGACCUCGGCCCAGGCCUGUGGAACCGGCCGCUCAGGAAAGCAGCUUGCGGACCGGAGCGCGAGAGGAAUCGGGCCCACCCUGUCCUUCCCAGGAGUGUUGA